UCCACUCAAGUACAGACUUGCUAAAAAGGUUACACUUUAUGGAUGAGUCUGGGGGAUUAAACAAUGUGCCUGCAAAAUUAGUGUGUACCCUAAACAUAAGUACCCCAUACUAUGUUGUUAUUCAUGUUAAAAACUCUUCCUUCAUGGUCAAGAUCCACUGGUACAUGAAAAAUGUAAUCUUCCAAGCGCAAAAGUUUAAAUUGAUGUAGUUUUUCACAUUGCAGGAAACUCCUGUCUCCAGACUCCCCUGCUGGUCGUUAAUAUGUUACUGAUAUUGUGCUUUUGGGAACUGACAAGCCACAAACUUGAAAAGGUUGCAGAAUGGUUGGCAGCCUUAUCAGCAGGAGCAGCCCAAUCAUCCCUGGAAUUUGGAGCUCUCAUCGACAGUGUUUGCUCUCCAAAACGCAGCAGCAGACCCCAAAUGGUUUCCUCAGCCUCUCAGCGCCUCCACGUCAUCGUCACCCCCCACCUCUCCAUCCUUAAAUCUACAGCCAGUCCUCCUCUUUACUACUUGAAAGUGUCCCAGCAGCUGGGAGCAGACCUGCCGGAGCAGCAGUGUGUCACCGCAGACAGAUAUACAGACAGACAGACAGACAGACAGACAGACAUGAGGCUGGGACUCGCCGCUCUCGUGUGUCUCUUCAGCUCCGUGCUGCUGUCAGACUGCGCGCCGCCGACCUGCUACUCCAGAGCGGUCAGCCUGAGCAAGGAAGUCAUGACCCUGCUGGAUAAGAUCCACACGUACCACCGCACGAAAACGUGUGCUGAGAUUCUACCUACGAUCUUCCUCGAUGUGCAUAACGCGUGCAUCACAACCAAGCUCCGCGACUUCCUCUACGUGGUGCUGAACCAUCCCAACCAGUACUGCAGAGAGCGUCCCAGGAUGGUGCUGCUGAAACGUAAAAUCCAGAACUUGUACACCAUCAUCAGCAGACUAUGUUACCGGGACCUGGUGUUUUUCACAGAUGACUGUGAGGCUAUUGAUACUGGACACAGCAGCCCGCACUACGCAGAGGACCGGCUUCAGCUGCUGGUGGAGGAUAGAUGAGCAACACGCCAAGAAGAUGACAGCACACGUCGGUGCAUUACAUUCAUAAGAACACAUAUGCAGAAUGGUUAAUCAUGCACAAUACACACCACAGCCUGAACAUGCAUUAGAUGCAUCACAAGCAGCAAAACACAGUUUCAUGUCGCACCUAGUUGGCCCUGCGCUCGCUGCAGACACAUGUCAGUGGACAUUUGUGGCUGCAUUCCAGCAAGGAGUGCAGAACUUUCCACAGGAAAUUUGCUGAAUGCCAACCAUGCCGAAGAAAACCUUGAAAUAAUAAACCAAUAAGAGAUGCUUGUGAGCCGGGCUUAACUGCUGCUUACUUACCAGGGCUGAUCAAAGCUUCGUGUGUCAUUAAGAGAAAUAUGUUGUGUUGCCAUAACCCUUGCUCUGACUAACGUGCCUUAAAGGAGCACUCUACAGCAUUUUGUAAAACAUGGUGGUUGAAAAUUGUUGCAUAAGAAAUAGAUGUCCCCAGCAUUUCUAGGUGUACGACGUGUUCCUUCAGAGUUUUCUCACACAGAAAGUUUUGCUUUGGUUUUUAUUGCAGAGAAGUGUCGCUCUUUGUACUGAAACUGAGUAUUCAUGCUGUUCGGCAGAAUGGAUGUAAAAUAAAAGAGCCAUCACUGUCACAGACAUAUUAGAAUCACGGCUGUUUCUGUGCAUAUUUCACGACAAUAUAUAUAUGUUUCACAUUAUCUAAUAAAACUUCUCUUUUGCGUA